UAAAUGAUUCCUGCGAGUGUGUGUGUGAGUGCGUGUGUGUCUGUGCGCCUGUGUUGUAGCUCUUGUCAAUCCUUGGAUUAGAACCAAUGAUUGCAGCUUGUAGGAGGGCUGUCCAGGGCCAGAUUGCACAAUGUGUCUCAGUGCCAGAGUAUGAGUGGAGGUAAUUACGGAGAAGUCAGACUCUCUCACACCCUCGGUUUUCUUGUGUCCUUCAGCAAAACAGUGGAUUUAAAUCUCCUUACACCAGCUUGAGAGCAACACAGUCUACUAGGGAAGAAAGAGAAAAAAAACGAAUCUGACAAAAAAGAAGAAAAAGAAGAAGAAAAAAAAUCAUGAAAACCCUCCAGGCAAAAAUGCACAAUUCUAUCUCUUGGGCAAUCUUCACGGGGCUGGCUGCUCUGUGUCUCUUCCAAGGAGUGCCGGUGCGCAGCGGAGAUGCCACCUUCCCCAAAGCUAUGGACAACGUGACGGUCCGGCAGGGGGAGAGCGCCACCCUCAGGUGCACAAUUGACAACCGGGUCACCCGGGUGGCCUGGCUAAACCGCAGCACCAUCCUCUAUGCCGGGAAUGACAAGUGGUGCCUGGAUCCCCGUGUGGUCCUCCUGAGCAACACGCAGACCCAGUACAGCAUUGAGAUCCAGAAUGUGGAUGUGUAUGACGAGGGCCCGUACACCUGCUCCGUGCAGACAGACAACCACCCCAAGACCUCCCGGGUCCACCUUAUUGUACAAGUCUCUCCCAAAAUUGUAGAGAUUUCUUCAGAUAUCUCCAUUAACGAAGGGAACAAUAUCAGCCUCACCUGCAUAGCAACGGGCAGACCAGAGCCUACGGUUACCUGGAGACACAUCUCCCCCAAAGCUGUUGGCUUUGUGAGUGAAGAUGAGUACCUGGAAAUUCAGGGCAUCACCCGAGAGCAGUCGGGGGACUACGAGUGCAGCGCCUCCAAUGACGUGGCCGCACCAGUGGUCCGGAGAGUGAAGGUCACCGUGAACUAUCCACCAUACAUUUCCGAAGCAAAGGGUACGGGUGUCCCCGUGGGACAGAAGGGGACACUGCAGUGUGAAGCCUCAGCAGUACCUUCAGCAGAAUUCCAGUGGUACAAGGGUGACAAAAGACUGAUGGAAGGAAAGAAAGGUGUCAAAGUGGAAAACAGACCUUUCCUCUCGAAACUCAUCUUCUUCAAUGUCUCUGAACACGACUACGGGAACUACACCUGUGUGGCCUCCAACAAGCUGGGCCACACCAAUGCCAGCAUCACGCUCUUUGAACUAAAUGAGCCCACAAGCUCAACUUUGUUGCAAGAAGUGAAAACUACAGCCCUGACCUCUUGGAAAGGCCCCGGCGCCGUCAGCGAAGUGAACAACAGUACGUCGAGGAGGGCGGGCUGCAUCUGGCUGCUUCCUCUCCUGGUCUUGCACCUGCUCCUCAAAUUUUGAUGUGAGUGCCACUUCCCCACUGGGGAAAAGCUGCCGCCUCUGUCCCCACCAAGCAACAGCAAGAGCAGCACCAACGGCGACUAAUCAGAUACAUUCAAAUGAAAUUCGGAGAAACUAAGCCUCAUGGGACAGAAAUUCGAGGGAGGGGAACAAAGAAUACUUUGGGGGAAAAAAAAAGGUUUAAAAAAGGAAAUUGAAAAUUGCCUUGCAGAUAUUUAGGGUACCGUUGAGUUUUCUUUCUUUUCCCAAAUGGGAAGAACGCACACCGGCUUGGACCCACCCUCAAGCUGCAGCAUCGUGUGACCGCUCUGUGGCCAGCGUGGGCAAGGGCUCAGCCACUCUGCCCUCAAAGUGCCCCCCAACCAUGGAACAUUCUGGAGUCGGCCACCCCAAAUUCAGUCAAUAGAGGGGAACACAGUGUGAGACAUUCAGGCCCAGAUGGGGCAGGGCGGGUCCUUUGCUGGACUGUGCCACCCUUGUGUGUGUUACGACACAUGAAAUUCAAAGGUGAAGAAAGAAAAGGAAACCGAAACAGCCCAACAGCAACAAUCCCACAAACAGUCACAAAAGAUAUCGUUCAAGUUUUUGGGUUUUCUUUUUUUCUUUUUUUAAUUUUUUUUUUCAUUUUACUACGUGGACAUCACAGAUAAUAAGAGCUUCUGAUUCAUUAUUAAUUUUAUUAAUUAUAUUUUCUGAUAUGCGUCUAGAACUUAGUGCAAAAACAAGACAAAACUAAAAAAAAAAGAAAAACCGCAGUUGAAAGGGGUGACGAGAAGUAUGUUUGUUAAACGGUAAAAGUGAAUAGUGUACUUCUUAACUAGGUUUACAACUGGUGGAGCACACACCAGGCAUGAACCACCUGGUGAGGAUUGGGCCUGUCCACCAAAACAAUACAUCCGAUUUAACCAACACCUCCACCAGCGCUUCAGAUUUCCCUUUACCCUGGCAACUCUGCAGACAGUACUAAGCUGUGUACACACCGUUUAGGAACGGAAAGGUGACCGCGCUGUAUUUUGGGUUCGUUGGCUAUGCUUCUUUUGAUGACAUAUAUUAUACAGUAUAUAUAUACAUAUAUUUUUUUUUGUUAGAGUUCUAGCCGUUUCCUUUCUCAGCAGGUCCGUUCUCAGACAUUAUUGCAUGCUGUAUAUGGCGUUAGCUGUGUGUUGGUCUUCUACAAGACGAUAGAGUUUACUGGUACUUGUGUAAUCAGCUCCUGCCUUUUUUAUUUCCCUGGGUUAUUUACAUGUCAGAGACAUUUAUAAAAAAGUGAAAAGA